AUGGAACUGAUCCUUGCUACUUUGAUAUUUUUUGAGUCAUUGUCAGAGAAUGGUUUAAUAGUGACAUGGUGUCUGCAACUACAAGUGUUGGAACAUGAAAGUGUUGUUUGUUUUGUGACACAUUGUGGUUGGAGUUCAACAUUGGAAGCUUUGAGUUUAGGAGUAGCUGUAAUUGCUAUGCCAAUUUGGACAGAUCAAAUUACAAAUGCAAAGUUUAUUGUUGAUGUGUGGAAAAUUGGAGUCAAAGCUAUUGGUGAUGAUGAGAAAGGGAUAGUUAGAAGAGAAACAAUUGUAGAUUUUAUAAGGAAAGUAAUGGAGAGUGAAAAGGGAAAUGAAUUAGAGAAGAAUUGUAUCAAAUGGAAGAAUUUAGCCAAUAAUUCGGUUGACGAGGGUGGAAGUUCUGAUGGAAAUAUUGUAAAUUUGUGA